AUGGCUCUGUCGACCACGAGCAGCUCGAAAUUCUACAGCCACCACCCAACUCUUCCGGCGUUCUCUCCGUCGAUUCAUCUUCACCAUCGAACCAGCUUCCUACUCAGGAGUCCUCGCCGUUUACGCCGGAUAUCCGUUGCUGGUGGCCCUCCAUCUUCUCCUGGUCCCGAUCCUCCUCCGCCUGAGAAUACCACUCAGCUUGCAGGUCUUGUGAGAAGUGUGACAAGGAUUCAAGACCGAGUAAAGAUCUUCCUCGCAGUGCUAUUCUGGAUGUUUCUCUUCUUCUGGGUUACAGUCACCGAUGGAAGGGGUAAAGGAAAAGGCAAGAAAGGUUCACGUUUUAAAUAA